AUAAAAACAGAUUAACAUAUUGAUAAAUUUAUAUUUUCCUCAUUAGGUUCUUGUAUUUCAAUAGUUUAAGAGUAUUACUUGUUUUAUACAUAUUAAAAAACUUCUAAAAUAAUCAAAAUGAAAAUUUUACCUAUUUUAAUAGCGUUUGCCUUGGUAAAUGUUUUGGUAGCUGAAAUAAAUAAAUAUGUAAAGGAGGUUAUCCUGACAAACGAACAUAUUAAGCUUGUAGAAGAUGAUUUGCCGGCAAUCAUAAAAGACAUUGUCCUUAAAGGAUACAUUAUGUUGGAAAUGGCUUUCAUGUUAGUAAUGGCGGGAACCAAAGAAAACGUCGAUGACGAUGGAAUAUAUGAUAUGACAGCAUGCCAGCGUCUUGUGCGAUCACAUAUAUAUUCUGUAACAGGUAUCAAAGCACCUAAGAUAAACGAAGGCGAUUUUGAAAACGCUAAUCUGUCAUAUUUGGGAUGGGAAAGAAGACUAUCAACUCUUCCAGCUAUAAAAAAAUUAAUCCGUACUGUAAUAAGUGAAAAAGAUCCAGAUUUUGCAAUUUAUCUCAAGAUGUGUCGUUUAAUAGGGUUGUUCAGAGCAAUUGAAAACCCAGCUUUAUGCAUAAUGACUGCUGGUAUCGAUGGUGAAAAUUGUUAUAUAGCGGCUUUAGAUGACAUAUACUUCAUAUACAGAUUCUUUGAAGGAAACUAUUAUGAAGUUGACAAAGAUGAGAAUCCAGUCCAUGUCCUCAAUGAUCAAAUCAAGGACAAUAUGAUCGAAAGUUUUUAGUGUAUAAUCCAAUAUAAUUGAUAUAUAUAUAUAUAUAUAUAUAUAUAUUAGGGUGGUCCUUAAAAAGUAGAUUUUCGAACUUUAACCUCGACGCCCCUUGAAAUGUUUCUAAAUACAAUAAACAUAAGAUCAAAAAAAGAAAAUUUGAAAAAUAUUAAUUUUAACCCGUGCACUAUACACAAAAGUUCAUACCUGUCAAAAUUGUUGCCAGAAAAUGAAAAUUUAUUCAGGUUUUUUGGUCAAAAUUAAUAUUUAAAAUUUUUUUUUUUAUCUUAUAAACAUUUUAGGGGGCGUCGAGGUUAAAAUUCGAAAAUCUACUUUUUAAGGACCACAAUAAUAAAAAAUAUGUGGUCAUAUUGUUAGGUUAGGGUCGAUUAUUAAAUAUAGCUAUUAAAGUUUAUUGUGUAUUAUUUGUAUUGGCUAAAAAUAAUUAUAAUGUACCCGCAGUAGUGACAAUAUUUGUUCGCCAUACAUGAGUAGGAAUAAGUUGCUUAGCACCAAAAAAUUCAAAAUCGCCUGGACGAUAAAUAAACAAUGCUAAAAUAAAUGGCCGCUAAGUAAAAAAAAAAAAAGUCUUAAAAUAUAUGACAUAACAUAUUAUAGCAACUAAGUAAAUACCGUAAUGAAAUAUAUGUAUUGUAAAUCGUUGUCAACUAAUCAAAUCCGUCUACAAAAUUUAAUUUUGCCGGAAGUCUAAUUCUGUUUACCUACUUCCGACCUAGCAAAUACAGCACAUAUUAUGAAAAUAGUAGAAAAACUAUAGCGGGAAAAUAAGGAAAAGCAACCACGCCUCGC